AUGGAUAUAGACCACAUAAAGACUGUAGAAAUACUAGCUGCAAAAGCAUCCAGUUGGGGUUUGCCGGAAGAUGUUACUGAGCCUGGAGCCCAUUUGGAAGAAGAAGAAGAUUUCGAGUUGAUUUCAGCAGGCUUGGACAAUGUCAAGAAACGAGAGAAAGAAUUAUCUGAACUUCAAUUUUCACCCGAAAUUACUGUUAUUCGUGCGAACAUGAAGAAAUAUCGAAUCCUUCAAAAACAAAUUGAUCUUUUGAGAGAGACAAUGGGAGAACUUCGGGAAGCGUAUGAAUCGGUGUCAAGUCGAACUUGUUCUUUACACGAUGCCUGUGAUCGUGCUCUUGCCGAGCAAACUUCGCUUUCAACAGGUUCCCAACUCAUAAAAACCAACCUAUACUAUUUCAAGCAAGCUGAUGUGAUCAUGAAGAAACUGUCUGUUGCAAAAUUAAUGGUAACCGGUCACUCGUUUGCUGCUAUUCUUGUUUCUAUCGAUGAAUGCCUAACUUACUUACGCGGGCAUCCUGAAUACAAAGAAUCAGAGCAUUACAUCUCGAAAUUCGAACAAUGUUUGAGCAGAGCUAUGACAUGGGUUCGUGUUGCCGUUCUAGCUGAAUUGGAUACUUGUUUCAAUGAUGUCAAAGAUAGACAAGCGCAACUUGAUGCAGACUAUGAAAAAAUCGGUCGUGGUGGGCAAGAUGAGGACACAUUCGCACUGCUGUAUGGUGUGUUUGCUUCGAAAGCGGCAGUAGUAAAAGCAUCUAUAAAUGUGGUGGAACAAAGAUUUGCGGUUGUUCCGGAGUUUGAGGAAAUGCUCGCCGAAUGCCAGUACGCCUACUUUGCUAAAAGACAUCUCCUACUCGGUCCUAUACUUGAAUCUACACUGUCUAACUUGUCCACGACCCACGCUGAGUCUACCUGUCGUUUGACCAGAGAUGCCUGUACAUUCAUGCUGAGAACUUGCGAUGAUGAGUACCGCCUCUAUCGUCAAUUUUUCGUUACUAGUAAUGGUAAUGAUGAAAGAAAAUCAUCUAUGGACGGAAGGAUUAGUCCGGCUAUGUCCACAAUCACAUCGGUUUUCACUUCUACUCAUCCUCCACAGCAAGUUCAUCCCUUUGAAACUUUCGCAGAGCAAAUGUGUCGUACGUUGUAUGAUAUGCUCCGUCCUCGUAUUGUGCACAAUCCGCAUUUGGAGACGUUAGCCGAAUUAUGCACAAUGAUCAAGGUGGAAAUGAUUGAAAACCGCUGCUCUCCACAGAUGGUGGCAUCGAUUCUUGGUGAUGACGCCAUACAGGACCCUAACGUAGCAGGACUGAACCCAAGAGCAGGUUUCGUAGCCGUAAUGGGUGAACUGGUCGGAGAUAUUGCUGAACGUAUAGUUCACAGAGCAGGGCUUUACGCCCAGAGCGAUAUCGGUGCCUAUCGUCCUGCUCCCGGUGAUAUUGCAUAUCCACAAAUGCUUCAAAUGAUUCGAAAAAUUGAAAACGAAGAGAAAGAGAAAAAUCAAAAAGGUGUUGAGGAUAAAGUAGACACAGCAACAGCCAUUGAUCAACACUGUUUGUGGUAUCCAACAGUUCGACGCACUGUUCUCUGCCUUUCGAAAAUUUUCCCAUGCUUAGAUAUAGGUGUUUUCCAUUCACUUGCUCGUGAUAUGCUCUUUGCUUGUAUUGAAUCAUUACAAACUGCAUCAACAGCCAUUCUUUCCACUCCUGUUCCUGCCAAAGGAUGGAGCAAGAAACUGGACGCCCAUUUGUUUGUCGUCAAGCAUCUUCUCAUUCUUCGAGAGCAAACAGCUCCUUAUCGACAAAACGUUUUGAGUUCCAGGUCAGACGCACUGAAUACAAAGGACUUCUCGAUCGACUUCUCAAAGUUCACAAAUGUUUUGUUUGACUCGAACGCGAAAUGGUUUGAAUUGAGCACGAACAAUACAUUACUGGAGCUUAUCACGACGGUUCCAAUAGAAAUGCGCGAGCACGAAGGAGAUUCUCGUCGCGUUCUUGAUCAACAACUGAGAGCUGCCACUUUCCGUUUGGCUCAUGAAGCCUCUCAACUCAUGAUUGGUGCUCUGGCAGAAUGGAUUGAUCAAGCUGAGGAUGAGAGAUUGCAAGACGGUUUCGAUUUGAAAAAGAAUCCAAAGCUGGCAGCAAGUGUGCUCAAGGAUCUAGCAGCACAGGCAUACAGAAAUGUGGGAACCAAGUUUAAAGAGAUUCGCUACGCCUACACUUUAUACAUUGGUGUUCCUGAAACAGAAGCGAUUCUUCUGUCUCCUGUCCGGAAACGUGUAAUUGAUGUUUUCACUCGUGUGAACUCUUUCGCUUCGAAGACAUAUGAUGAAGAGUCUCGUGCUGUGGCUGCUCUUCCAAACGUUCAGCAGCUUGUGCUUAUGCUCAACAAAUGA